UUCUGCGUGCUAAUAAAUAUAUAUGCAUAUUUCGUUUUAAUACGAAAUCUUUAAUCUGAAGUGCAGUAAUUUGUUAUGUCGUGGUCAAAUGGACUAAUCAAAACAAUUCUAAACCCCGAAAACUUGAUAAUUUCAUCAGAAAUCGGCGUUGUUAUAGAAGACAAGUUUCCCAAGGCGAAGCAUCACUAUUUGGUACUCCCAUUAGCCGAUAUUUCCAGCAUAUUUCAUUUAAACCGGAGUCAUUUGCCGCUCUUGGAGGAGCUUCAUCUGUUGGCCAGGAACAUUGUGGAGGUAAAAGGCGUCUGCUGGGAAGACUUCAAGGUUGGAUUCCAUGCGGAACCGAGCAUGCAAAGGCUCCAUUUGCAUGUCAUAUCCAGGGACUUCGUAUCACCUAGUCUGAAGACCAAGAAACAUUGGAACUCCUUCAACACCGACCUAUUCGUGCCCUACAAAAAAUUGUGCGCUGAACUGGAGAAGGAGAAUAGCAUUUCGCGACUGCCGAAAUCGCUGAAAGACGAAUUGCUGGCCAAGCCACUGAUUUGUAACCAGUGCGAAUUUGUUGCAAAAAAUUUACCAACACUCAAGGAACAUCUGGUGGAGCACCUCCAAGAUUCCAAGUACUAACUAGAGAACCAGUUCCCCCCGAUAGAGAACCGAGAAAAGCCAACUGCGAAUCUGAUCCAGUUGCCAGCGCUACCGGCUGAUUCUUGACAGAUGAGUCAGAACUUUUCUUGAUUCGAUUUCGGUGAUUUACACAAAUAGUAAAGAGGCGUAUCCGAUAAAAUGGAGGUGGAUGAGAAAGCAUAUUUUCGGGAUGAGCUGAAGCGCAAGCUUAAUGAUAAGAGGAACUUUCUUAUCGAAAGUGAUCAGGCGGUGGUGAUCAAAGCGGAUUUCCCCAAAUCCCAAUAUCAUUUUCGAGUGGUUGCUAAGGAAGAGUUAAGAGACAUAACUAAGUUAACUGGAGACCAGUUGCCUUUGCUGGAUCACAUGAUGGAGCUGGCUAAUCAAAUAAUCGAGAAGCAGGAUCACCUGGAGUCGCGUAACUUUCGAAUAGGUUUCAAAGUCCACACGUUUUGGAAUCGUCUAAAUCUACACGUGAUUUCCGACGACUUUUACUCAAUGGCUAUGAAACGUCCGCGACACUGGAAUAGCUUUAAUACAGAGCUAUUUAUGCCCUUUCAAAUGGUUCACAUGAUGCUAAGCGUCCAGGGAUCCAUUGAGCCCAUGUCGGAAGAGAGAUACAAGGAGCUGCAGCUUCAAAAACCGUUUCGCUGCAAUCAGUGCGAUUUCGUCACCGAUCUGCUGCUGGAUCUGAAGGCCCAUCUAUUUCACCACUGGCACCGCAAGGAGGGCGAGCGUGAGCAGAAGAAAAAACUGGAUAAAAUAACUCAAAUGAUGGAUGAGGCGAAGUUAGAUACGGCUGCUAAACCAGCUGAGCCAUCGGAACUGCCUAUCGAAAGUCAGCAUGCAGCUGAAAAUAGCCAGUUAGCUAAUCCAAAUCCAAGGAAUCCCUUCCAAACGCCACAACAACAGCAGGGUCAGCAGCAGGCCGAGAAUGGAUAUGCUGAAUACCAGAACGGACCACCGGUGAACAUGAUGAAUCUGCAGAACCCCAACAAUCCUUUCAGAAAUACUCCUCCUCUCAAUAUCCAAUCCUUGAAUCCGCCGCAAGUCAAUAAGUUUAAUUAUCGUCCAGCCGGUUAUAUGCCACGCGGACCUUUGCAACAUCAAGGACCGAGGGCUCCUUGGAAUGGUCCUCGUUUUCCACCCAAUCAACAUAAGAACAACUUCAGGACUCCAGGAUACAAUGGAUUCCGAGCGCCGCCUCCAAUGAGCCAGCAGGGCCCGCCGCAAUAUCCAAAUCAAUCAUUCGUCGGCGGAGGAGCUGGGCCGAGUGCUCAACAAGCAAGACCUAAAUGGAUUCCAAAUAAUCCACCACACCAGAACCAACGAAAUACAAGUCAAACAUUUCAGCAAAACUACAAUCCUCAGCAGCCAAGCCAGCAAAAUCGUUCAAAUUUUAAUCAACAGAACCGCCAUAAUCCCAAUCAACCAAAUCAACAAAACCAGCAAACAAAUCAACAAAACCAGCAACCAAAUCCACAUAUGAAUCCCAAUCAAGGGAAUCGCCAAAACACCAACAAUCACAAUCGCCAGAAUAAUAAUCAACAAAACCGUCCGAAUAAUUAUCAACAGAACAAGAACAAAUUCAAGAAACCAGCAAACCAAAAAAAUCAGCAGCAAACUGUUGGGAAUCUUCAGAGUCAAGGAGCUCAGGCUCCAUUACCUCCAAACAAUUCGCAGUCAGCGGGCCCUUCUUAGGAUCAAUUUAAACAACUUAAAAUGUAUUUAGAAGGUUAUUUUUAAAAUAACUAACCAUUAGGAAUUG